UGAAGCACUGCGAUUCACCCAAAGCUAAAAACAGUUUUUAUCAGAUUGCAUAAAAUCAAACCGAGUUUUGUGUAUGCAUUUACAAUUUCACCUGUUUUUUUUUUUUUUUUGCAUCAUCUUUGUAAGAAUUCUUUCUCUCAAUCGAUUGACAUGAUGCAGAGGAGAUUCAAGCAAGUUCUCACUGCCGUCAAAGAGAAUUGUUCCGUCGGCUACGCCAAAAUCGUCACAGCCGGAGGAUUUUCCAACGUCAAUCUCAUAGUCAUCAAAGCCACCUCUCCAACUGACUCACCGUUGUCGGAGAAGUACGUUCAAGAGCUUCUCAAGAUCUUCGCCUUCUCUCCGACGUCAUGUCGCACCUUUUCUCUCAGCUUUUCCCGUCGAUUUCGAAAAACUCGCUGUUGGCGAGUUGGACUCAAAUGUCUGCUUCUACUCCACAGAUUGAUCCAAUCAGCUCCUCAGAACAGUGAAUUUCGAUUAGAGCUUCUUCGCAGCCGGGCCAAUGGAUUCAUUUCUCUAUAUCAGCGCCACAUCCGAGAGGAUGAAGAUUAUGCCUCUUUCAUCAGAUCCUACGCUCGGUUGCUUAAUGAAGCUCUGGAUUCCGAUUUGUUCUAUAGCACCGAAGUACCGGGCGUUUCAUCUGAAGCCGAAGCUAUGGGAACAACUUCAAGUAGAAUAAAAAAAAUUAACAAAGUAAUUGAAAUAUCGACACAGAUGCAGAGCCUAAUUGACAGAGUAAUCGACUGCAGGCCGGCCGGGAGAGCGGCACGAAGCACCGCAGUUCGAAUAGCGAUGAAGCACAUAAUACGUGAGAGCUUCAUUUGUUAUCAGUCUGUCUGUCGGGAUAUCAAUUCAAUCGAAGACGGUCUUCUUCAAUUGCCGCACCGGAGUUGCGCUGCAGCGAUCCGAGUAUACAGGAAGGCGGCCGUUCAAGCAGAUCGACUAGCGGAGCUUUACGAUUGGUGCAAGUUCGUCGAGGUGUGCAGCCUGUAUCAAUUCCCCGAUAUCGAACGUAUUCCGGAAUCGCGGAUCCAAGCCCUAAUAUCAUCCUUUGGCAUAAUGUGGCAGCUGACGGAAUCGUCGUCUUCAUUUACCUCUUUCACAAAUACAUCAGAAUCGUCGUCGUUCAACUCUCCGGCAAGGGAUGAGACUGAGAACAAAGUUGCGGCUACGCGAAGAAACGUAGUUGUGGGCACUCCAUGGGCGAUUUCUCAUGACAGCGGAUUCGCAGUGAAGCCAUUGAUUGAAUUAGAAAACGAGAAGGAAGACGGUGCUUAAGCGAGAAAAAAAAUGGAACUCUUCAAUCCCAACUAUUAUCCUGCCACUUUAUAUUUCUUAAAAUGUAAUUUACUUCAAAACAAUACGCAAUUUAGUAAUGAAAUGUAAAUACUUUUCG